UUUAGGUAUGUAGUUGUAUAUAUCCAUACGUCUUCUUCCUUCCGUCAAAUGAGUUUAGGAACACUACUUAUUCAAAUCAUUAUGCGACGUUCUAUUGUUUCAUUUACCUUUUUGAAUUACCCGCAUUGUCUUAUUGAAAAAUGAAAGUGAUGUCUCAAAGUACAUACGGAUUGCUCAGCUCAAACCGUUUCUCGGUCAAAUUGAAUUAAUUCAAUUUCUGAUUUCCAUGAAGAAAACCUCUUGAGCAAUACGGUUUUCAACGCACAAGCCCGCCUUUUGUAAUUGUAAUCCAAACCUUUUUGAUGACACCCGAACUGUAUUGUAUUACAUACAUACACACCCUUUUCUACAGUGCUAUUGUUUUCCGAGUUAUGCAUAUAAACCAUAUGUU